AUUGCUCCGAACCGCGGUCCCGCUGCCGCCCGGCUCUACCUGCGCGCUGGGGCGGUGCGGGGGAGGGCAGUGGGCAGCCCCUUGGUCAUGGACCCCACCAGUAUCUGCAGGAAAGCACGGAGGCUGGCAGGGCGGCAGGCUGAGUUGUGCCAGGAGGAGCCGGAAGUGGUGGCUGAGCUGGCGCGGGGUGCCCGGCUUGGGGUUCGAGAGUGCCAGUUCCAGUUCCGUUUCCGCCGCUGGAACUGCUCGAGCCACAGCAAGGCCUUUGGGCGCAUCCUGCAGCAGGACAUCCGGGAGACCGCCUUCGUCUUUGCCAUCACGGCGGCAGGCGCCAGCCAUGCAGUCACGCAGGCCUGCUCCAUGGGCGAGCUGCUGCAGUGUGGCUGCCAGGCGGCCCCACCGCGGCCCCCUGGCCUGCCAGGCACCCUUGGGCCCCCUGGCCUUGUGGGCUCCCCAGAGGGCAGUGCAGCCUGGGAGUGGGGAGGCUGUGGGGACGAUGUGGACUUCGGGGACGAGAAGUCCAGGCUCUUUAUGGAUGCGAGGCAUAAGCGGGGAAGUGGAGACAUCCGAGCGUUGGUGCAACUUCACAACAAUGAGGCGGGCCGGCUGGCGGUGCGGAGCCAUACGCGCACUGAAUGCAAGUGCCACGGGCUGUCGGGCUCAUGCGCUCUGCGCACCUGCUGGCAGAAGCUGCCCCCGUUCCGAGAGGUGGGCGCGGAGCUGCUCGAGCGCUUCCACGGCGCCUCGCGUGUCAUGGGCACCAACGAUGGCAAGGCUCUGCUGCCCGCUGUCCGCAAUCUCAAGCCUCCGAGUCGCGCUGACCUACUCUAUGUCGCCGACUCGCCCGACUUCUGCGCCCCCAACCGGCGCACAGGCUCUCCAGGCACGCGCGGCCGCGCCUGCAACAGCAGCGCCUUGGACCUCAGCGGCUGCGACCUGCUGUGCUGCGGCCGCGGGCACCGCGAGGAGAGCGUGCAGCUCGAGGAGAACUGUCUGUGCCGCUUCCACUGGUGCUGCGUGGUGCAGUGCCACCAGUGCCUCGUGCGCAAGGAGCUCAGCCUCUGCCUCUGACCUGCCGCCGGCCUCUCCCAAGGCGCGCAGCGCUGCCUCUCUACCUGUGUGACCUCUGGGCUCCAGCAGGAGGCGCUGCCGUGGCCCAGUUUACCCUGGCAAAAGUCCAUCUCUCAAGCCUCUGGAAACUGAGGUUGGAGAUAUUCGCGUGCCCAGGAAGGCCCCGUGCGGCGGAGGGAUCCCCGGAGGUGCUUUAACGGGUUCUGGGGAGACUAUACGCUGUAGGGAGCUCCGCGGUUUCCCUCUUUUGGUCCCAGAUGGAAACUUAUCUAGGCCUCUGGAUGCGGGGUCCUCAGAACUGCUGGCCAUGUGCUGGGUGGGUGAGUUUAGUAUCAAUAAAGAUAUUUAAACCAA